AUGCCUUCAUAUUCUACUACUCCCUUGUUCUCUAUUCAGGAGAUGGCUAAUGACAAUCAGUCACCAAGAAUAUAUGAAGACCGUUCUGGAAGGGGUCUGACAGGUUCAUGUACAAAAGUUUCAAAAGAAUACGUUCGUCCAACUCCUGUAAACAACUCCUUAAGUCGGUUCAAAAGUCAUAUUUCAAGUUUUGAUGGUUCCGAAGAGGUCUACAGGGAAGAACUUAGAGUGCUCUUGUCUGUUAUUGAGUCGUUUGACCCAAGAUAUGAUAGCUACUUCGACAGUUCCAUUCAGGAAGAAGAUCCUAGGACAACUGCACACAGAAAGCAAAGAAACGACUUUUUGCACUCCUUGGUUAAAAAGAUAUUUCACAGUCACCAAAAUCUAGCAAAGAUUCUCACCUGUUCGAACGAUCUGGGUCUAGUUCUUCUCAGAUUCAGUGAGUGGUCUUUAAAGGCCCAGCCACUUUACACAUGUUAUCUUGAGCAUUACCACCUGAAUUCGGAUGCUUCCUCAAGUGAAACCGAGUUAAGAAUGCAGCCUAUAGUAGAGAUUCAGCGUCUAUCGGAUUUUAUCGCUGUAUCACGAAAAUCGGUGUUCUCUUUAGGCGCACAACCUCAAAUCAGACUUCAAGAUAUCAUCUCAAAUUUAGAGCUAGCCUCCGAGAGAUUCUUAAGGUUGACUAAGAAAACUGUCGAGAGAUCACAUGGAGAAAUGGCAAGGACAUCACAUAACGUCAGCUUUAGUUCAGUAAAGUCAUUUGUUCAACUUUCACCUGUUUGCUCUAGUUUCGAUCUUUCUAAGAUUGAAUCUGUAUUCAGUUCGGAACUUUUCUACAAAAACGAAAAGCUUAGCACGGCAGUUCAUUUUCAGACCGUUGAUCUUGUUUUCUUUCAGGCCCCGUCCAGUAAUACCACGAUGUUGGCUCUUGUGAGAAUUGAAGAUAAUUCCAAGAGUCUACUUUUCCCUCCAUUUAGAUACGGAGAGCUGGUUUUCUGCAAAGACGUUGACAAUUUUGUUGUGUUAUUGAGGCAUUGUCUAUCUUCUGGAGUUGAUCUUUACGUGAGUCUUGAUAAAAAGCAUCCUGAGAGAUCAACGCAAGCAAGAUGUAAGCUUUUGGAGAUGUUCCCUUCAAGAAAUCCAACUCCAAGUGGGAGAUACAUUCCUCAAGGAGCAAAUGGAUUAGGUGUCUCACUUCCUAUGAAGGAAAAUGCUCCACCUAAUGGGCUGCAGUAUAUUCCACCACGGAAACCAAAUUCUAAUAUUCAGAGACAAUACAGGCAGUCAUGUACGCAAACAGAUCCACACUCGAGUGUUAUUUCAAGGCCUGUUGUCUCAUCAUCCUCGACCCUUACCAACUCUACCACUUCUUCAGUUUCAACCGCAAAUAAUGUUCCAAUAGCUGGAACAUUUGCAGCGCAUCUCGCUAAGAAGCAGAGUAUUCUGAGAAAAGCUUCAAACACUACAAAGUCUACAUCUUCCCGCUCUUCAUCAAUAAAUGCAUCAAGUUUGGAGCAUCCAGCUGACAGUGUUCAAUCAGCACCAAAUGUUCAAGCUCCUGAUAUUAAACUGGAGAACGCAUGUGGCAAAAAAGAUGAAGAUGAUGAUACACUACAUGGCAAAGAUAAUUCAAUUGAUGAAGUUGAUGCACAUUCUGAUAUUAAUCCCGGUGAUACUCUAUCAUUUACUCUUGAUCCGAAGGAUAACGCUGAGAAGGAGAAGCAACAUGAGGAGAAAGAGCAAUUCGAUGAGGAAAGACAUUCCACACACUCUGUUGAUCUCACAAAUGACAAGUAUUCCGACAAUGCCUGUAACGUUCUUAAAGAGGUGAUGGAUGACGAAAGCAGCUCUGGGGAGACACCGCAAAUAUCCUCCCCUGAGAUGCCUUAUGAGGAACAGCAACCAAGAAGGGAAAAAGCUUCAAGUAUUGCAAGUUCCAAUAAUGAUAUCCCACAAGAAUCUCAUCAGCCUUCUUCGGAAAGUAGGGAUGAGAGCGCAGAUGAAGGUGAUGAUGUUACUGAUUUGCAGCAACCUAAAAGUCUAUCAAGGGAAGAAGAAAGCACUUCUUCCAGUAACACGUUUAGUCUAUCUAAAACGAUGUUCGAUCCGGAGGCCUUUGCUAAGACUUAUGAGGAUGCACUAUUGGACGCAGUUGACUUUGACAGCAAACCAAAAGCUCAUAAAUUUGGUUUCUUUUCGCAUUUGUUUGGAAAGAAGCGCCAUUCCAACAAGUUGAGGUCAACGUUUAAGAGUUCAGCCUCAGAAGGAAGUAUUGCAACUUCAGAGGGUAAAUCAUUUAAGGGUGUGAAGACCGAUGAAGAUGAAAAAUAUCUUUUACUCCUGAAAUCGAUUGUGGCUUCUCCAGAUCAAUUUUACUUGCAGGACGUCAAGUAUUCCGUUUGGGGAGAGAAUGGUUGGUCUGAGGCUCAACUCGUGAAGUUGAAGUGGGUUCACUCCGAGAAUCGUGAGAGAUAUAUUGCUGGAUAUUUACUAGAUGCUGGUAAGGACAGUAAUGAAUCAGAUAGCAACAGUGUUGCCUUCUUGCUUCUAUUUGGCAGAGAAACAUUUGUUAGAAGGGCAGGUGCCUUUGAUGUCCAAAUUAGAAGCAAGAACUAUCGUGGAAAUUCGGUGAUGCUCUUAUUGAGAGCAUCUUCCGUUGUUAAUCUUCACAAACUUCUUGAUAUCUUUUCUUGCGAUAAGGAGGCAGCUAUUUCAAAUUCGAGUUCCCAGCAGACUGACUUUAGCUUCAUAGCUAAUUCCUCUUCAUCUCACACCGUUCUUUCAGAAAUGGCAGAAAAAGACUCGGAUCCUCUUCCACCCCCACCAAAAAAGUUCAAUGUGGAACUUAACUCACAGUCACCCGUUUCCUCUAUUGGAAGUGUGUCAUGUAACUCGUCUACCUCUAACAAGAGUCAUUCCUCUAUGCUCAGGCAUGGUGACAAUAUGGUUUUAGUUUAUCAUUCACUAGUUAAACUAUACAGGUUGAGCGGUAAGAGUAACAAAAUGAAAUCACUAGGAAACGUGGUUCUUAAAGUGGCGGAUUAUAAUUCAUCAACUGAAAUGCAGUAUUUGAUUAGAAACCUCAAAGUUUCGAUCGACGUUGAUCUACCCAAUGAAGCAUUGACUGUUGUUGAUUCAAGUAAACUUUUCCUUGAUUUGUCUGCUGGAGGAAGUGAUAAUACACCGAACACUGGGUCGUAUGUUCUCUCAUUUGGAAAGGCCGAUGACAUGAAUGAUCUUUUAAAUGUUAUUGGACAUCACGAUAGAUGA